AUGGGGGAGUUUAAUGACAGGAACAUUGCCAAGUAUGCUGCUAGGAUGGGACAGUGCUUCUCAUCUACUUAUGCCACAGUUGAAGUUCCAUCAAGUCAGGCUUAUUGGAAGCUUCCAGAUAUUGUGAAAAAUGGUUAUGAUUUCUCCGAUGGAAUUGGUAUGAUGUCGGCUGAUCUUGCGGCUGAAGUUGCAGAGAAAUUGCAGUUGAAAGUAAAUGCACCCUGUGCUUACCAGAUCAGAUAUGCGGGUUGUAAAGGUGUUGUUGCAUGUUGGCCAGAAAAAAUUGGUCGGUUCCGGCUAUCCAUAAGGCCAAAAAUGAUUAAGUUUGAAUCCAAUCACACGGUCCUUGAGAUUUGUUCAUGGACUCAUUUCCAGCCAGGAUUUUUGAACAGGCAGAUAGUGACAUUACUUUCUGCUUUAAACGUUCAAGAUGAUAUAUUUUGGAGAAUGCAGAACUCCAUGAUUUCCAAACUGAACAAAAUGCUUGAAGACAUGGAUGUUGCUUUUGAUGUCCUUACCGCUUCAUGUGCUGAGCAAGGAAAUACAGCAGCAAUAAUGUUGGGUGCUGGUUUCAAACCUCAAACUGAAUCUCAUCUACAAGGCAUGUUGACUAGUAUAAGAGCUGCACAGCUUGGGGAUCUCAGGGAAAAGGCUAGGAUCUUUGUUCCUUCAGGGAGGUGCUUGAUGGGCUGCUUGGAUGAGUUAGGGGUACUUGAACAAGGCCAGUGCUUUAUUCAAGUGUCAAACCCUUCACUGGAAAAUUGCUUUGCAAAGCAGGGCUCUAGGUUUUCUGAGACAAAGAAAAAAUUGCAAGUAAUUAAGGGCUUUGUGGCAAUAGCAAAAAAUCCCUGUCUUCACCCAGGAGAUGUGCGAAUUCUAGAGGCAGUAGAUGUCCCUGGGCUGGACCAUCUUUUUGAUUGUCUGGUUUUCCCUCAAAAGGGAGAUAGACCGCAUACAAAUGAAGCAUCGGGAAGUGACCUUGAUGGUGAUCGCUACUUCGUGACGUGGGAUGAAAAUCUUAUUCCACCUAGUAAGAGAAGCUGGACGCCAAUGGAUUAUGCAUCCGCAGAAGUUGAGCUAUUGCCUGAUCCAGUCAGUCACUGGCAUAUACAACCAAAGGCAAGGCAGCAUCACCACCCCACCUUGAAAGAACAACGGUGCAUGGAACUUCUUUGCCUGACCUCUGAGAAAUAG